AUGAGCGAGACGCUUACCGCCACUACACAAGCUCUCACGCUGAACCAAUCAGAGCUCAACGGUCCAUUUGAGUACCCAGCCAAUUGGGACAAGCACAUCGACAGACACCUCACUCCUGCAGUCGGCACCCAGCUCAAGCAAGGCGUACAGCUCAGCGAAAUCCUCGAAAACGACAAACUCGUGCAUGAACUGGCGGUGCUGAUCAGUCGCAGAGGCGUGGUCAUCGCCAAAGACCAGGACAUAACUCCAGACCAACAAGCUCGCUUGGGUCAAGCGCUUGGCGACCUCACCGGGAAACCUAAAAACAGCAAGCUGCAUAUACACCCGCUUACACCAGACUUUGGCGAAUUCGGCCAAGCACCGGCUGUCUUUAGCCUCGACGACAAGUUCAAUCAGGACAAAUACGAUGAGGAAAUCGAAAAGAGCGAACACGCCUCGGCAAACUGGCACACCGAUAUCACUUUCGAGAAUGUCCCUAGUGACUAUGCGAUUCUCAAGAUGCACACUGUCCCAAUUGGCGGUGACACUCUCUGGGCAUCUGCAUACACAGUCUACGACAAGAUUUCACCUACAAUGCGCACCUUCUUGUCUACCUUGACAGCGUCACAUCACGCACCUACCUUUCAAGACGCUAAACGCAACUACGGCAUCACUUUCCGCGGUGAAAAGGAAGAUGACGUAGGUAGAGGAAGUGAUGAGAAUCGCGGAGCACAUCUCACAGCGAAACAUCCAAUCAUUCGCACAAACCCAGUCACUGGCUGGCACGGUGUUUUUGUGAACAAAUGCUUCACUAAGAAGAUAGAUGGGUUGAAGAAGGACGAGAGCGAUGCACUGCUCAACUACCUCUACCAUCUGCAAAACAGCCACGAUGCUCACGUUCGCUACCAGUGGAGUACGAACGAUGUCGCUUUGUGGGAUAACCGAACGACUACUCACUGCUGUACGUUAGAUACUACCGGUCCCCGUGCUGGCAACCGCGUACUAGGAAUAGGAGAGCGCCCAUACUACGAUGCUGGAGGAUCUUCACGUCUUGAAGACCUCAAGAAGAAGGCUCUUGCAGUCUAA